UUCCCUUCGUCUGCAAAAUAUACUCAUCUCCUUCAGUUCUCUGUAAUCACCUCACCCAACUCUUUCUUCAGGCAAAGCUUUGUAGAGAAGACUCCACUAGAGAGAAGCUUGUGGAACCAUGCAAGAACCUAUGGCGGAGUGUGCCCCUAGUGGAUGCUCACAAUUCAACUUUAUCAGCUGCAUUAAGAAUGCAAAUCUUUCACUCAUUUGAGAUGAAAUUUUUACUUAUUAUUGUCUGUCUGAUUCUGUUUUCUUUCUUUUAUCUAUAUGGACUCUAAAUAUUUAUCUAAUUUUCUUGUCCCAGUUGUCUUUCUGGUCGUGUUUCAUUUUCAAUUUUUGUGUAAAGUGAAGGCUUUAUUUGGCCUAGAAAUUAUGAGUAAUAAGCUGAAGAAGGUGCAAUGUUAGCUCUUUUCCUGCAUUAUGAGCUAUGUAAAUGAGUGAGAAGUCUUUUUAUGAGUAUUAUGUGGUCUAAUGCGUGCCCUGCUUUUCAAAGACGUCAUUUUCUGUGUGAAAGUGUAGAUGCCAUUGGUUGUGUUUUGAUUACGGGGUAGCUUCCAAUUUCAAGGAAGAUGUCACUUUCUAGGCUUUCUGGAAGAGUGAAUCUUUUCCUUUCUUCAAACAGGACUUGUCGUUAUCCACUUUCCACAUCCAGGGACUAUCUUGAAAUUGUAGUGUCAAAAGAUAGAAACUUUGGGGCAAUUGACAUCAGACAUGGACAACUCUUUGGCCUUCGAUAUCGAGGUUUCACAUCAAGGUGUGAACUUAACAAAUCUACACUUCAUAACUGUGAAAGGCUGUCCUUCUUGAGAGGGCAGAGUACAGUAAGGUCUUGGCCAAUGUUGAAUCUUCGUCAUCAUUAUGCAACUCAAGCUACUGCAACAGAGAAGAAAUCAAAAAAGAUGCUCUUUUACUUGACGGGCUUAGUUUUUGCUAUGGUGGGGGCUAGUUAUGCUGCAGUUCCUCUGUACAGGAGAUUCUGCCAAGCCACGGGAUAUGGAGGUACAGUUCAACGUCGGGAGAGUGUCGAAGAAAAGAUUGCACGGCAUGCAAAAGAUGGAAGAGCUACGUCCAGGGAGAUUGCUGUACAGUUCAAUGCUGAUGUAGCAGAUGGAAUGCCUUGGAAGUUUAUUCCAACACAGCGAGAGGUAAGAGUAAAACCAGGAGAGAGCGCUCUUGCCUUUUACACUGCUGAAAAUCGAAGCUCGACUCCUAUUACAGGCGUAUCUACAUACAACGUAACCCCAAUGAAGGCUGCUGUGUAUUUCAAUAAAAUUCAGUGUUUUUGCUUUGAGGAACAGAAAUUGCUUCCCGGGGAGCAGAUUGACAUGCCUGUUUUCUUUUACAUUGAUCCUGAGUUUGAAACCGACCCCAAAAUGGAUGGCAUCAACAAUAUAAUCCUAUCAUACACAUUUUUUAAGGUAUCUGACAAUUAAAGAAGCUGCUUCUCGCCCGUGCCUGGGGACGGUAACUGGAGAUGUAAUUACUACAGGAAUUGAUAAAGGAAAGAAUAGUGAUAAACAUUAUUUCAGCUGCAAUUUGUGUUUUUCGAUGGACCAAGAAAAUCAUUUUACAUUCUUUCUUAUACAAUAAAGAUGAAAAACACCAGAAUUUGUUUUGACUGGCUGCAGCAAUUGUAACCUUCUGUUUGUAGUGAUAUUUAUUUGCCUUUCUCUGUUGUCGGAUGA